GGGUGUCAACUUCCUGUUUGGUUUGCAAGCGGACAUGAACCGAUGAACUCUUCCUCUGUCGACAUUUAUCACAGAUUUGUCAACGUUUUGUCUGAAUAAUCAAGCACACAGACGAUAGAAGAUGUCGGAAACGGGGAACCGACUACGGAAGCUCCUCGAAUCGCCUAAUUUCGACCCGCAAAAUUACGUGAAGCAGCUGUCACAGCAGUCCGAUGGCGACAGAGAUCUGCAGGAGCAUCGUCAAAAGAUCCAAAACUUGGCCGACGAAACGGCUCAAAACCUGAAGAAAAAUGUCUACAAGAACUACAGACAAUUCAUCGAAACGGCCAAAGAGAUUUCCUACCUGGAGAGCGAAAUGUACCAGCUGAGCCACAUCCUGACGGAGCAGAAGAGCAUCAUGGAGAGCAUCACUCAGGCCUUGCUGUCCACAGACAAGGAUGAGACCUCAAAAGAGAUGCAGGCUGCUUUCCCCAAAGAGACAGAGGAGCUGAAGCAGAGGACACUCACCUCACUGCUGGAGAAAGUGGAAGGGGGUAAAAACAUCAUGGACACCCCAGGGAGGCACCUCGUCUACAACGGUGACCUUGUUGAGUUUGAUGUUGACAACAUGUCCCCCAUUCAGAAGGUGCAUGCUUUCCUCAUGAACGACUGUCUGUUAAUCGCCACCUGGCUGCCGAACCGCAGAGGAACCGUGAAGUAUAAAUACAACGCUCUGUACGACCUGGAGAGCUUCGCCGUGGUCAACGUGAAGGACAACCCUCCCAUGAAGGACAUGUUCAAGAUCCUCAUGUUCCCGGACAGUCGCAUCUUCCAGGCGGAGAACAGCAAGAUCAAGAAGGAGUGGCUGGAGAUCCUGGACGAAACCAAGAAGAACAAAGUCACCAAGGACAGACACAAGAAAGAGGAGGAGACCCCCGUGUCUCCUGUAAGAGUCGAGGUGUCCACCAAUCCGUUCGAUCAGGAAGAGGAAGAUGAGCGAUCAGGCGCAGCUGAAGAAAGCGUGGACCUCAGCCUCGAGUGGAUCCAGGAGCUGCCGGAGGAUCUGGACGUCUGCAUCGCCCAGAGAGACUUCGAGGGCGCCGUGGAUUUGCUGGACAAGCUCAACGAGUAUCUCAAAGAGCAGCCCGUCACCCAGAGGGUCAAAGAGCUGAGGGUGAAGGUGGAGGAGCGUGUGCGGCAGCUGACGGAGGUUCUGGUGUUCGAGUUGUCUCCGGAUCGGUCACUUCGUGGUGGACCUAAAGCCACCAGGAGGGCCGUGUCCCAGCUGAUCAGACUAGGCCAGUCCACCAAAGCCUGCGAGUUGUUUCUGAAGAACCGCGAAGCUGCAGUCCAGACGGCCAUACGGCAGCUUCGCAUAGAAGGAGCCACGCUGCUCUACAUCCACAAACUCUGCAACAUCUUCUUCACCAGCUUGCUGGAGACGGCGAAGGAGUUCGAGAUGGACUUUGCAGGGAACACGGGCUGCUACUCCGCCUUCGUGGUCUGGUCCAAAUCAGCCAUGAGGAUGUUUGUGGACGCCUUCAGCAAGCAGGUGUUCGACAGUAAGGAGAGCCUGUCGACGGCAGCAGAGUGCGUGAAAAAAGCAAAGGAGCAUUGUCAGCAGCUGACUGAGAUCGGCCUGGACCUGACCUUCACCCUGCAGUCCCUGCUGGUCAAAGACAUCAAGGCGGCCCUGCAGAGCUACAACGACAUCAUCAUCGAAGCCACCAAGCACCGAAACUCUGAGGAGAUGUGGAGGAGGAUGAAUCUCAUGACCCCCGAGGCUCUGACUAAACUCAAGGACGAGAUGCGCAGCUGUGGCAUCGGCAGCUUCGAGCAGUACACCGGCGACGACUGCUGGGUGAACCUGAGCUACACCAUCGUGGCCUUCACCAAGCAGAUGAUGAGCUUCUUGGAGGAAGGCCUGAAGCUCUACUUCCCCGAGCUGCACAUGGUGCUGCUGGAGAGCCUGAGGGAGAUCAUCCUGGUGGCCGUGCAGCACGUGGACUACAGCCUGCGCUGUGAGCAGGACCCGGAGAAGAAGGCCUUCAUCAUGCAGAACGCCAGCUUCCUCCACGACACCGUGCUGCCGGUGGUGGAGCGGAGGUUCGAGGAGGGCGUGGGCAAGCCGGCCAAACAGCUGCAGGACCUGAGGAAGAGCACCAGGCCGGUUCGGAUCAACCCGGAGAGCACCACGUCUGUGGUGUGAGACUGCAAUACGGGGAGGGUGGACACAAAACACUUAAAUGCUCUUUUACUGAAUGUUCUGGCAAUUUCAACUCCCUUUUUAAAAAAUAGAUAAAAGAACGGCGAGAUGUUGGUUGUUUUGAGAUGGCAGGACAAGAAUGAGCAGGAUGCAUCACGGAGGACAGCAGAACACGCUACCUCAAGAUGCACACUAAGAUGCUUUGCACCUGCGUUUGUAGCGACGCUCACAGAAAUGAUCUGAUAUUAGUGUUGCUCAGGAAAAACCCUAUAACAAGAGCACUGUUUCUGACUCCUGUACUCGUGGAAUGGAUACAGAUAUUGGCAAAAAUGAGAUCUUAACGCCAUGAAAAGCUAAUGUUUGUGCGUAGGUUGGAAGUAAUAGAAUAAGAUAUUUGAUUCAAACUCACCCGCUUUGAUUUGCCGCUCCUGUUAUUAGACACUAAAUAGUAUUUCUAGGACUGAUUUCAAAGGGAUGACUGAAGAUACAAUGCACUGGUUAAUGUUCACUGUUGUAAUAGUCAAAGAUUGUGUCGACCGAAAACACAAGAAACUGAAUAAAGAUCGUUGUGCACAUGCA